UUUUUUAUGAUACGUAGCAGAAGUUCUGAAGUUUUCGUUGUAUUUCAGAUUAUAGCCUUCUGAUAUAUUAAUUUUCAAGUCAAUUAAACCCAUAGGAAUUAGGACACAUAUUGAAGUCCCGGUCCUACUUCGACCGUAAGUAAAGGUUGCUCCACAAAUAAUUCGACAGUAAUUUCGAUAUAUUGAGAGGAAGGUUUGAAUUAUGGAUUGAAAAGUGUUAAUCGAAUAAGCGAGAUGUGAGAUUGAGCUUCCCAUGUAAAUUGCCAUUUGUUGGUGUUAGGUUUUUUAGGUAGUUGCGGAAAAGAUGAAUGUAGAAGUAGAAGUAGAAGGAAGGAAGAGGAGAAGCAAAUAAGAAUUGAAUUUGGGUGGGCGGGCUCCAAGAAUGGUGGUUGCUUCAGGAUUUUCCAAAGAGAUGUCCAUCAGAAAACGCAUUGCCAACAUCUAUAAUAAAAGAGAAGAGAAUUUUCCAUCAUUGCGUGAAUACAACGAUUAUUUAGAGGAAGUUGAGGAUAUGAUAUUCAAUUUAAUCGAAGGAAUAGAAGUACCUGCUAUUGAGGCAAAGAUUGCACAGUACCAGAGAGAAAAUGCGGAACAAAUCAUGAUUGCUCAAGCACGUAAGGCUGAAGAGUAUGCUGCAGCCUUGGCAGCCAGCAAGGGUCAAUCUACACAGUCCGAUGGAGAUGCUUUGGGCCAAUGCCCUCAGGCAGGGUCCAGUACUGGUCCACAAGGGCACUAUGCCCCUGCAAUAGCUGGAGGCAUUGCUCAGCCACGGCCAACACAGCCUCUCCCAGUUGAAUCAAUUCCAGAUAUGCUAGGGGGGGAGUACGAAGAUGAUGAAACGAUGAAACUAAGAAUUGAAAAGGCAGCUAGGGCUGGGGGAUGGAGUUCCGAAAUAAGCAGGAAAAGGGCACUCGAAGAAGCCUUUGGAAGCCUAUGGGUCUGAAAGUUGUAGAUUCGUUUCCAAGACUGUCUUUCGGCUUUGUGUCUUUCUGUGGAUUCUGGAUAAACUCAUAGAAGUACCAUCAAUGGAGCAGCAUCUGAGCAUUCGUCAUCACGACGGUUUUUGUUCUUAGAUGGUGUCGUGUAAAACAUACCAAGUUCUGGCUUGUCAGAGUUUGAUCUUUGUAAGGUUUCUUCUAAAGAGAACUUAGUUUGCCUCUCUACCUGACUGUCGACAUCAUGGUAUUUAUUGUCGGGGAUUUUGGUUCUUAUCUAGCUACUCUAUUUUAGCCCUAUAUUUCCUUCUAUACAGCACUUCAUUUUGGUACUA